GUAUAUGACUCAAUGGGCUUCCGUAGUUAGCGUAACAAGUGAAAUAAACAUGGCGUCCGACAGCGACAGCGAUGAGGAUUUUGUGACUUAUGGCAUACCUUUAGAGCCUCUCGAGGAAGACGAGCCCUUGAAAAGGCCAGUUCCAUUGCACGACCAGACGGUGAAGGAUGAGAAGGGUCGCUACCAGAGGUUUCACGGAGCCUUCACCGGAGGCUUCUCCGCGGGCUACUUCAACACUGUCGGCACCAAAGAAGGGUGGACACCUUCGACCUUUCUAUCAUCCAGACAGCAAAAAGCAGAGAAAAAAAAUGCCAGGCCGGAAGAUUUCAUGGACGAUGAGGACCUCGGGGAGCACGGUAUCGCGCCCAGUGAGAUCACGACCACUGAUGAGUUUGCGUCCAGGAGGAGGGAUCAGAUCAGGGACAAGGCCAGGGCCAUCACCUCCAUGUCUGCCCCCAUACCUGGCGACACGCUGCUGGAAGAUCUGGUCACGCCAGCCAAGUCGUCCAUGGGGGUGGAGCUACUGAGGAAGAUGGGCUGGAAGGACGGCCAGGGGGUCGGGCCACGGGUGAAGAGGAAGGCCCUUCGGCAGAAGGAGGAACCAGCUAGAAAAGGCUAUGGAUGUGUUUUGCCACCAAACGGCUCGGAAGAAUCUGAGGAGGACGAUGGCGAGUUUGCCCCAGUGGAUGUGACCUUUGCCCCCAAGGACGUAGUUCCGAUUGACUUCACCCCAAAGGUGGAUGUGAAAGGGCUGGGCUACCAAGGUCUGAACCCCCAGCAGGCCCUGAUGGGUGGCGGAGGGUCGGGCAACAUCAACCUGUUCACCAUGGACUCAGACAGAGCCAGCAGCCUGUUCGGCGACAACCAGAAGGGGCCCAAACGCAGGGGCGGAGUGGCUGGACAGGCGUUUGGAGUGGGAGCCAUGGAGGAUGACGAUGAUGACAUCUACCACCGCGACACCAUGUCCAACUAUGACAAGGUGCUGGGAGGGGAGGAGCCAGGGGACGGCCUGUAUGGCUGGACCGCCCCCCAACAGUACAAGAAAAAGAAGGACUACAGCAUAGAUGCCUCUUACAUUGGUAAAAUUCUGGAAGGAUUCACCCUCUCCUCAGAGGCUGAAAAGGAAAGAAAAAUCUUCCCCCCUCCCAUCCUGCCCAGGGACUACCGGCCUGUGCACUACUUCCGGCCGGUGGUGGAUAUGUCCAGCGUCAGCCCCAUCGUGGCCCAGGCCUUGAAGACCUCCAGGGGCCACAUGGCCCAGGAGCAGAGCCAGCCGAUAGGCCGGCACCAGCUAGACUCAGCUCACCGGAGGGAUAUGCUGGGGGAGUCAGCACUGCAAGGACCCAGCUCUGUGUUCGACCUUCUAAAAUCUGAGGACAGAGAGAAACUUGCCUCUCUACGCAACACCACCGCCACCACACCCUCCAGCGGACCAGGACCUGCCAGCUCCGUCCCCUCGGCGGGGUCACACUCCGCCAUGGUGUCUGCCGGCGUGGCGGCCGCAGCGGCCAGGGCCUCGGCCCAGAAGGCCAUGGCCAGGAGGUUCCAGCCCCCUGGGGAGCAGGAGCACCAGGCGGUGACUGCAGCCUGGAGCGGCCCCACCGCCCAGGCCCAGGCCGGACAGGCCUUCAAGCCCUUCGAGAAGAACCCCAGCAAGCAGGCGCGCUACGAGCUCUACAUCAACCAGAUCAAACAGGGAGACAAAGAUGCUCUUGAACAGAGUCUGGACCCGGCCAUGACGGAGUGGGAGAGGGGCCGGGAGAGGGAUGAGUUUGUCCGCGCUGCCCUCCUCUACAAGCCCAGCAGCUCCUCCCUGUCCUCUCGCUUCACCCGGGGGAAAACUGAGGAGAUCGGGGACAAGGUGGAGGUGACCCGUGACCAAGAGAACGACGUGGAUGACAAGCAGGCAGCCGUGAAGAUGAAGAUGUUUGGCAAGCUCACCAGGGACACGUUUGAGUGGCACCCUGACACACUACUCUGCAAGAGGUUCAACAUCCCUGACCCGUACCCUGGAUCUGGAAUUGUGGGGAUGCCCAAAGUGAAGAGGGAUAAGUUCUCAGUCUUCAACUUCCUGACGGUGUUGGACAGUCCCACGGCCGCCACGGUGCCUCCUCCACCAGCCUCUUCCAAGCCCUCGGAGCCUGGGAAGAGGUCCAGAUGGGACCAGUCUGUCAAGGCGGAGGAAGAGAAGGAUCCUCUCAGCCAGUUCCUCAGCGCGGCUCGUAGCGAGGCCUCCGGGGCCUCCGGGGCCCAGGACGAUCCAGCCACCUCAGCCUCAACACCAGACCCUGCCACCAAGGAACAGCAGGAAGCUGGGAAGGAGGAGGAGGAGGAGGAGGAAGAGAGCAGGCCAUCCAUGGACCUGUUCAAAGCCAUCUUCGUCAGUUCUUCAGGCGAGAAGUCAUCCUCGUCUGAGGAGGAGGGGGAAGAGGAGGAGGGGGAAGAGGAGGAGGGAGAGGGCGGAGGAGGCACGGCUGACUCUGUUCUGGCCAGCCUGUUCAACAUCAACCACAAACCUGCCGCUGCCUCAUCCCGGACGCAGGUCAAGCCCGACCGCACAGAGCUGACCUCCACCAAGGCGCAGACCGCCCCUGCUGGCUCCGCCCCUGAUGCCUCUGCCCCUCCCCCUCCGUCACAGGAAGAGGAGGAGUUUGGCCCCCGACUCCCACCCCCUUCAUCCAUAAAAACUGAAGGUAGCCGGCCAUCCUUGAGUCCCUCUGCGAAGCUGGUGAAACACAAGAAGAAGUGCAAGGAGAAACACAAGGCCAAGAAGGUGCACAAACACAAGAAGGAGAAAAAGCAGAAGAAGAAACAGAAGAAGCAAAAACACAAAGGGAAGAAGAAGAGUAAGAAGGAGGUGAUCGUCAUCAGCUCCUCUGACGGGAGCGAAACGGACAGCGAGGAAGACGGAGACUCUGGGGGACCGUCUACAGAAGAGCUGCUCAAAAGGUUGAAAAACAUUAGUGGGCAAAAGUGAACCUGAAUCUCUGGAGGGACAAUCUGUCCUCUGUGAGGACUACUGAUGUUUGUACUUUGAGUCCUUUAUUGUUCAGUAUUAUUGUUCAGUAUUGUUCAAUGCAUAAGGACAUACAUUUGCCAUGCGAUGAAUGUAAUGAGAAUGAUGAACAUGAGAAAAAAAUAUUUUAUGACUGAUAUUUUUUUGUCAAGCAUUCUUGUCGUCCCCUUAAUAAUAAAUAAUAGCUGAUUUUGUCAUUA